GUUGCGGCUGAACUGUGUCCCUUUGCGCUGGCGCAGCGCUUGUAUCACUGUCAGCUGUCUGUUUAUUUUGCAAGAUAUCAAUUAAGUCACUGGUCCCCAGAAGCACGGACAAUCCACCAUCCUCUAAAGAUGUAACAUCAUGGCCUUCUAAAUAGUUGAGCAUUUGUCUCCUUAUUAACCGACAUGACGACUGUGCCUCUUCACUCAGCUGCAGCUUAAGCUCUUCACUUAACUUUCUCAGCUCGUCUAGUGACAGAGUAACAAGCUUCUUCUCAAUGUCCGCCAAUGACGAUUCCCACACACUGUCCAUGUUGCUCGGCCUCUUGAUUGUUCACAACUUCACUGGCUGUUUAUUCAGCUCAGGGGCAGUAUGCACAGAAACUUCUAAAUGACUUGAUGGAGAAUUAUACCAGUGCCUUGCGACCAGUGGAAGACACAGACAGCGCUCUCAAUGUUACUUUACUUAUCACUCUCUCUCAGAUUAAGGACAUGGAUGAACGAAACCAGGUGCUGAUUGCCUACUUGUGGAUUCGACAGGUGUGGCACGAUGCAUACUUAAAGUGGAACAAAGAUGACUACGAUGGACUAGACAUCAUUCAGAUCCCCAGCAGCUUAGUGUGGAGGCCUGACCUUGUCCUCUAUAACAAGGCUGACGACGACUUCUCUGGACCAAUGGACACUAAUGUUAAACUGAGGUACAAUGGUGAAAUCACAUGGGACGCUCCAGUCAUCACAAAGAGCUCCUGUGUGGUGGAUGUCUCCUAUUUUCCAUUUGACAGUCAGCAGUGUAACCUCACCUUUGGCUCCUGGACCUACAAUGGUAACCAGGUUGACAUAACUAUGGGGAAUAACAGUGGAGACCUGUCAGACUUUGUGGAGAAUGUUGAAUGGAAACUUUUGGGAAUGCCUGCCUCUAAGAAUGUAAUAAUGUAUGGCUGCUGUCCCGACCCGUACCCGGACAUCACCUACACUGUCCAGUUGCAGCGCCGCUCCUCCUUCUACAUCUUCAACCUGCUCCUGCCAUGUUUCCUUAUCUCCUUCCUGGCUCCUCUGGGCUUUUACCUGCCCGCAGACUCUGGGGAAAAGGUCUCUCUGGGCGUCACCGUUCUCCUGGCUCUCACAGUGUUUCAGCUCAUGGUGGCUGAGAGCAUGCCCCCAUCAGAGAGUGUGCCGCUAAUCGGAAAGUACUACAUUGCCACUAUGACCAUGAUCACAGCCUCCACAGCCCUCACCAUCUUCAUCAUGAACAUACAUUUCUGUGGCGCCGAAGCCAAGCCUGUACCUCACUGGGCCAAGGUCCUGAUCAUUGACUACAUGUCCAAAAUCUUCUUUGUUUACGAGGUGGGUGAGAACUGUGCAUCACCCUCUUCAACAUCCCAGAACUCCCAUUUCUCCCAGGACGACAUAACUCACCUGAACCAUAGCUCCCACAGCCAAUCCAAUGGGAAACCAGGGAACUGUAGUAAGCAGGAAGAACAGCAUGGCCGCAGAUAUCCCCGCCCACAGACCCCCAAACCACAACACCAUCCCAGAAUAAAAGCACAACACCACAUCACCAGAGACGAGAGGGACUUUCAACCAGGGAAAGUUGGCAACCACAAUGGUAAAAUCCUGACUGAUGGCUGCUGUAAAGAAGACCGAAAGUUCCCCUGCUACAUGGAGGAUGAAAAGUUACACUUCUAUGAUGACGAGAAAAAGCAUCCUUCAGUAACUUUCGGUCCAUGUGUGUUUUGCACUCAUGCCAGUGGAUUUGCUGGCUCAGAUACCAAACUUGUGCGUAAUGUGGAGUAUAUUGCCAACUGCUUUCGAGAGCAGAAGGCCACAUGCGCCAAAGUUGCUGAGUGGAAGAAGAUUGCUAAAGUCAUGGACCGCUUUUUCAUGUGGAUUUUCUUUGUCAUGGUUUUUCUCAUGAGUAUUCUCAUCAUGGGUAAGGCUCCCUGAUUCAGCUGUGAGUAUGCAUGACUAUUCAAAAGUGGUGCUUUGAAAGUUUACUUAAGCAAUGCACAUUUUGCCCUUUUGUUGCUGAAUUCAGACUCCAUUUCAUUAGCUUUUCCUUUGCCAGGGUUGUGUUUACAAUCCACUGAACCUCUAAGCAUGAUUGGUUGCACACUUCACAUCACUAGGGUAACUGGGAUAACAAUCAUUUUAAAUUCAUUUUCCAUAUUAUUACCCAGACUAACCCUGUUUCAAUGAGUGAUUACAAUGUAAUUGCCAUAUUCUGUCAUUGCUUUGAAAUACUCUGAUGUUUCCAUUCCAUUACCAAAGGUUUACUCUGCAUUAAAGUAAAGUGUCACCGUAAUAAGAGUAUUGUGUAGUGUACUACAAAUGUCGUUCUUGACCCUUUGGGGACCAAUUGGCUCAAACCACUGAGGAAAAUAAGGCUACAUAAAAUUAUACUCUCAUACUUGAGCUGAAUUUAACAAAGUCCUAUUUGUAAAAGUUCAGCAAUCUUUUCCUUGUCCCCUGCCCUCUGAAUACAUGUAACAGGACCUACUGUCAAGUUGAAUUAUGACCAUGUCUUAUUCACCACUCUGAAAUUAGAUGCCCAGCACUGCACAGCCCGGAUCUUCCGAAUCAUUUUCUGUUUAAAAUGAUGGAAUGAAUAGUUAAUGAGCUGCUUUUUUGUUGCAGAGUGGAGACAGUGAGGAUGUAAGCUAAUAUGGACUAUUAAUAAUGCACAGGGGCUUGUUCAGACUGCCCCUGGCUAUGCCCUGAAAAGUAAGUGAAUGAGUUUGUGUUGUGUGGUGUGACCCUGUGCACUGUACAUGUGUGCAUAACCUCAUGGGAGAAAUAUUAGGAGGAUAAUUGUGUAUGUGUUAAAUGGUGGCCUAACAAGCAUUCAACAAAUUAUGCGUAAUGGAUUUUUGUUAAGGUAAAUGUUUAUUGUGCUGUAUGGACAUUUAUU